AUGCUUGUUGUUGUUCUUUCAACAUUAGUGCUUAGUGAUCGAUUUGUUCCGCAACAAAUAUCUUGGACUUAUUUCGUAAAUGAUCUUCUUCCUUCAGGACGAGUGAUUGAGAUCAUUGUUCAACACGAUGCUGAUAUUGCAUUUGUUCGUGUUGCUCAAGAAGGGGCAGCUGAAAAAAACGUGGUGACUUAUUGUAUGAAUAUUUCGGAGACAGAUCGAUUCGAGAAGCGGAUUAGAUCACUUGAAGCAGCUGUUGGCAUUCCACCAGAACUCUGGGUACCAAUACGAUAUGAUCGAAUCAACUGGCAUGGGUACGCAGUGUCCCUGCUAUUGAUUUUGUUCGCUAUAUAUAUCUUGAUGAUUUUGAAUCGCUUCAGAUUUAAAGUUAAUAUCAGUGACAUGAUGGCGAAGUUUACGAAUAAGCAAUUGGAGAUACUAGAUCCUACAAAUAAGAAAAAUUUGAAGAUAAAGUUUAAAGAUGUGGCUGGAUUACACGAGGCGAAAGUUGAAAUUAGCGAAUUUGUCGAUUAUCUAAAAAAUCCGACUAAAUAUUCUAAUCUCGGUGCGAAAUUACCAAAAGGUGCAUUGCUUACUGGACCUCCUGGAUGUGGUAAAACAUUGCUGGCAAAGGCAUUAGCCGUUGAAUCUUCCGCUCCUUUUAUUGCAGUAAAUGGCACAGAAUUUGUUGAAAUAAUUGGUGGCUUGGGUGCAUCAAGGAUAAGAAAUCUUUUCAAGGAAGCAAAAGCGAGAGCACCUUGUAUAAUAUAUAUUGAUGAGAUUGACGCAAUUGGGCGGAAGCGGAGUGGUAAUCAAGGGAGACUCGAUGGAGGCAGUUCGGAAGAAGAGCAAACUUUGAAUCAAUUGUUGGUCGAAAUGGAUGGUAUGGAUUCGACUAAAAGUGUUAUAGUUUUAGCUUCGACUAAUCGAGCUGAUAUAUUGGAUAAAGCUUUGCUUAGACCUGGUCGUUUUGAUAGGCAUAUAUUGAUUGAUCAUCCAACAGCAUCAGAGCGGCAAGAAAUAUUCAAUUUAUACUUGAAAAAAAUUAGGCUUGAUAACGAUCCAAUUUAUUACUCAAAACGUUUGGCUCAAAUGACUCCUGGAAUGACUGGUGCUGAUAUUUCAAAUGUAGUGAAUGAAGCAGCUAUUCGGGCAGCAACAACUUCAAAGAAAAUUGUUACGGUUGAAGAACUGGAUUAUGCUUUGCAGCGGAUUUUAGGUGGAUCGGAAAAACGAAACAGUGCCCUAUUAAAAGAAGAGCGUGAAGUUGUUGCUUAUCAUGAAGCAGGUCAUGCUAUAGUCGGAUGGCUUCUCGAAUACACUGAUGCGCUCCUUAAGAUAAGUAUUGUGCCACGAACCAAUGCUUUGUUAGGCUUUGCGCAGUAUAGUCCUUCCGAUAGAAAAAUUUUGUCAAAAGAUGAACUUUUUGAUCGAAUGUGUAUGUUACUGGGUGGGAGAGCUGCUGAAAAUGUUAUAUUCGGUAAAAUCACCACAGGAGCUGAAGACGAUCUUAAAAAGGUUACGAAAUCUGCAUAUGCCCAAAUUAUGUUGUAUGGUAUGAACGAAAAGGUUGGUCCUUUGAGUUUUGCCUCGACCGACGCAAAUAUUCUGAAUUUCUACGAAAAACCUUUCAGUUCAAGAUUGCAGAAACUUAUGGAUGAGGAAGCGUCUCAGUUAGUGUCGCGUGCUUAUUUUUUUACCGAGCAACUUUUAAAAAACAAUAAAGAAAUGCUGGAAAAGCUUGCAAAAAAAUUGCUUGAAAAAGAAGUAUUAAAUUAUGAAGAAAUCAAAGAACUCAUUGGACCGCCGAAAUACGGAGAAAAAUUCUGCAUAGAUUUAGUUGAACAUGUUUUGCCUCAAACAGAUUAG